CCACUAAUGGAGUUAACGCCGGCACAUUUAAGGUAAAAAUUUUUUUCCCCAAUGUGAAGGCCAAGGGCAUCCUAUAUUCAAUCGUUCGUUUAUAAAACGAUCAUUCCGAAUAGUUUCCUCUGUAACAGUUAGUUAAAUAAUAAUAAUAAUACAGUAAUAAAAUUAUUCUCUGCCUUUUCUAUAUUCGAAUAGUUUUUGUAUCGGUUUCUCGGUUAAUGCACUGGAUGGAAUAUUUAUUAAAAUGAAUAAAAUUUAAUAAUUUUCAUUUGGUGUUCGAACAGGUGUGAAAGUACUAGUAACCGCAUUUCACACCCUAUUGACGUCACUUCCACUUUCACUAAGACGAGUUAUGUAACACCCACUUUAUUAUUUUAUAAAGGAAACUUGAGGUCAUUCGUUGAUUUACGUGUCGGAAUUCGUAUUAAUGUGUAUAUUAAUUAUAAUGUAUUAUUCGUUAACAAAAAAAUAAAGGAGUUACUUAAUCAAGCGAUUUCCAAAUUAAAUCGUCAUUUCCGUUUAUUUCUUGUGUUAAAUGCUUUGUGUUGAGUCCAAUGAAGAAAUAAAAUUAAAUCAAAUUCAUUCACGUCUCGUUUAAAUAAAUCGAAAAUGAUUUUUGUUAUUCGCCUUCGCCGAGUUGUCAGUCUCUCUCUCUCUGUCUUAUUACUUUGCUGUGUGACAGUUUAGCCUUUUAUAGAAAUUAAUUGAGUCGAAUGGUAUUGUGGGAAAAACGUGACGUCAUAAGAACGGUACUCGUGAAGUUACUGAUACAGAUUUUACAAGCUGGAGUGUUAGAAGCCGUUUUCAGAAGUAAGUUCAGCUUUUUCUAUUAGAAACUGGGUUAAUUUUUUAGUUUUGAAAAGAAAUAUUUUGUAUUAUAUAAUUGUAAUUUAUUGUUACAAAUGCCUUCCAAUAUAUAUAUAUAUUUUAAAUUAUUACUAAGAUGUUUUCGUAGUAAUUUAAAGUAAUUAAAUUCUUUGUUUCAAAGUUCAUUAUCAAGUUACAUUACGAAAUUAAAUUUUCCUUCUUUCGUGGCAUGGAAUGAAAACGAUAAUUGCAUUCCUUCAUAGGUGAAGUUGCAUAAUGCUUUAUUUCUUAUUCAUAGGAAGUGAAUAAAGAUUAGGCCAAUGAAAUAUUUAGAAUUAAUUAUAUAAGAAUGAUAAUUAUAUUCUUCUCUCGAUCCGAUUUAAAAUAAAAUAAUAGUUUUUCACUUUUAAUAUAUUUACGAUCAGUGAAGAAUUUGAAAUUAAUUCGUAUUCCAGUAGAGAAAUGUACUGCUACAGUAUAUAUAUACCACAUAUAUAUCUUUCAGAAUUCAUGAAUUACAAAACAAAAAAAUGCCAGUUUCGUGUUCACUCACAAAUAAAACUAUUCACUAUCGAUUUCAUCUUUAGAAAUAUCUAUUUUAUGCCCAUUCAGACUCAGAAGCGUGUAAUGUCAAUAUAAUUCUCAUUUGUAAUGGGGAAAUAAUGGCAAUUUCACGUCGGUUCGUAACUCUGAAUGAGCGGAAAAAAACCCCAAUUUCACGCUCAUUCACAAGAUGAAAUACAUUACAAUUGAUAAUACAUUCUAGUUGAUAAAUUGGAAACUUUUCGAAUUUAAUACGAAAUUUCAUUUAUAAGAAAUUCAGUAUAAAAGAAAUGUUGUUGUUAUAUGAAAACACUAACAAAGUAGAAUGUUUUCCCUCCCUAAGAAUCUGUAAAAUUUAUUUGUGUUUACAGCAAGAGAUUGAAUUUAUUUAUUAAGUGCAAUCGACCUCAAUUUCGCUAGUGGAAACCGAAAUAAAAACUUCGCAUACUUCGUAAGGAUCUAAACUACCAUUUUUUUCUUUACCUUCGUUCCCAUUCAGUUACGAACAAUGAAAACUUUUUUGUUUUUCAACUUUCUCGCUGUCACUUUUCGUCGUAAAAAACUCGAGCAUUUAAUAAUUAAAGGGAAAGACACAAACAGAUGGUUAUUAAAAUCGAUUUUGGAAAUGAACAAUUUCACUUUCUCUGUGUUUUAUUCCCGUUAGAAUUUGUCCUUGAAGAGAUUUUGCGUGGUUAGGCUGGUUUGCCUUUUUCACCGUUGUUUGUUACUUAGUGUGGGUUGGACGCCAAUUGCAGUUUGUUGUAUAUCAAAAUAACUUUUUUUAUUUCUGUUUUCUGUAGGAUAAUGCUGCAGGUGGAGGAGAAUGUAAUCCCUUAGUACAGAUUUUGUGGCGAGAUGGUUUCGCUAUGGUUAUCAAUCACUGUCUUCUUCCUGCAGAUUCUAUCUGCUGUUUUGCAAGAAGGCAUUCGUGAUGAUAGCCGAGUGGAAAGUGUUGUUCGUCAAGCUGUGGCUGACGAAUUUAGCAGCGAAAUUUUGACUAACAGAACAAGAGCAUUUCUAUCAUGUGCCUCCGGAGAGAUGGUUGUUAAGUUGAACUUCAGCGAACCUUUUCGUGGUAUCACAUAUACAGAUUAUGAUCGAACCAGCCCGUGCCGGUUUUAUGGCGAUGGAAGUAAAUACUAUCAACUCAGAAUCCCACUCAAAGGUUGUGGGACUCGACAGGAAGCGCCAAGGGUAUUUGUCAACAAUAUUAUAGUGAGAUUCCACCGUUCUUUGCAACUAGAAGAAGACGAAAUAAAAACUAUUAUCUGUAGAUAUCCCCCACCUCUUGCACCUACGCCCAAUAAUGCGGUAGCUCCCAUAAUCGAACCUGCUCCAGCAGCAGCUGCUGUUCUUCCACCUAAAUUAUCCGAAGUGGAACUAUUGUUGAUUAUUUGCGCUUUACUAUUUCUCACGCUUCUACUUUUAGGUAUAGGAGUUGCUUAUUAUUGCCUCAAGAAAAGAAAUAUUAAAGUUAUCAAAAGAAAGAAGGCUAUGUCUUCUGCACCCGGAAGCGCUAUCACUAAACUCAGUGGAUCGACAAUGGGUAGUCUGAUGUUCGAUCAGAUUCGGAUCCCUCGUGCUAUUGCACAAUCCAUUUCUGGUUCCGAAGCUGCACUUCUCACUACAGCCGAUCGUAGUGAUACGAUUCCAUCAGAUUAUCCGAGUGAAUCCCCUUCUUCGAUUAAUUCCGAUGCUGAAGAAAUGGAAGGUCGAAGAAGCAUUUUGGUUAGUGAAACUUCAACUACUAAACAUGAUAAAUAUCGUUACGAAAAUACUGCUUUCAUCCCAGACGAGGGAAGCGUUCGAUCUGGUUAUCCUCUAGAUCAAGAACGCGAUGAAAGCGUUUCUUCUGUGCCAAUAACUACUCUUACUAAACCACCAGAAAAGAGACCUCGCCUGAAGACCAAGAUUGCAAUGGAGCAAUUGUUGACCACGAUAAGCGAAAGAGAAGACAUACUACAACAGGAAUCUAUUGAUAGAAGAUAUGCCAAAAUGACUGAAGCAAAAUCAGAUAUAAGACCACCCCCUCCUUAUAUUCAACCACAAAUAGCUUCUACCCAAACUCGAGUGAAAAGACGCCCACCUUCUCUGUACGGAAGUAUUCCUGAUAACGAUAACUGGUCACAGUCUGAAGUAGAAAGUAGACCACCCGUUCAACCCUACAUUCGACAGCCAAAUAUACAAACCGCCACUUACACUGAUUAUUUAAUCGACACUCAAGAUUUAACUGACACCAUUGAAGACACGACGCGCCAUCAAAAGACAACAACGCAACUGUUGGAGGAAGAAAGAGCUUUAGUGCCACGCAAACCUAAAAUUAUGGUCCAGAAUAUCGAUGACGUUUACGUAACGACAACUACAGAAACAAUAGCCACAGAACACGUCACAAAACAUACUCGCGAUACCAUAGAGCCACUAGAAAAAGCGCCAACACCUUCGCCAUCUUGGGAUGUGACCAUUCGACAUUAUCCAACCGAUAUAACCGAUUAUUCUAAUACGGUGACCGAUAAAUAUCAGGUAACUUCCAGAACAGAAGAAUCGUCCCAUCCAACAUCAUCGCCACAGCCGCCGCCACCGCCACCGCCACCGCCACCUCCUGCUCCCCCAACUACAACUCAUUCACCAGAUUGGGAUGUAUUAAUAAGAGUACUCCAACCACCUCGUAUGGAAGGAAUCGAAGAACUUAACAUAGAAGAUAAAGAAACGUGGAGGACAUUAAUAACUACGAAUCAAACAUUCCGAUCCUUAAUUCAAGAAGCUACCACGGUAGAGGAAUACAUAAAAAUUUCGGAAGAUGUCAGAUACGAGAAUCUGUUUAGCAGAGAAGCGUGGACGGUCAUCAUCAAGAUCCUCACCAUUCCUCCCCUGAAUCCUCCAGCCGAAACACUGCCACAGCCAUCCGUUUACGUACAAAGAUACAGAAAGAGAAGCGAAGGGAUGCGUCGUCCUUCCUAUCCUAACAGGCAAACCAUCGAUGCGGAUAUGAGAUCAGUAACGGAAUACGACAUGGAUUUCACCAGAGCAGAACGCGAAUCUCUGUGGAGUGUAGACACCGGUUGCACUUAUCGCACAAGUAGAAGCAUAGCAGAGAGAUCCACUUCGGAAUUUGUUGAAGACGUUCCUACCUACUUCCGAUCUCAUCCUCCACCAUUGGAAAGAUCGUCUUCGGAAUUUGUCACCGUCCCGGAUACAAUAUCAUCCGGAAGAUUCGCAUCGAGUUCGUCGGAAAUGAGGUCUUAUUCAAACGGAGCGGAAGUACACAGGAGCACCAGAUCACGUGACAAUCACGCCUUAUUCGAGAGAUCCAGUACAGAAAUCAUAAUCAAUUCUCCCAUAUUGGAAGCCAUUCACACUAACAGCGAACGUCAAGAAAUCGAUUACAAGUAACGAGCUAGCUCAAUAACUUUUAGAUAAUCUAAUACGGUGUCGGUAUAUUCUGUCCAGUAAACUUUGUUUUGUGGUAAUUCGUUAAUCCGUGUAACAACUUCUAGUCAAAACAUUUUAACAAAUAUGUAAGAGAUUACAGAACCUACAACGAGUUCUCUAGUCUUAUCUUACAAACAAAAAUAUGAAAUUUUAAAUCAUAUGGGCAAGCCUCAGCGAUACUUCUAUACUAACAAAUCUCUCUCUGUUUUUUUUUUUUAAAGAAAAAAACGAAAAUUAUUUAUUUGGUUUUACAAUUUUUAUAUAUAUAUAUAGGAAAAAUUUACCAGAUUUUUGUAAUUCGAUUAUACUUUGUAUUUUUAUGUAAAAAGGUAGAAA